CUAAACUUUCAGUAUUUCAAAAAUAGUCUAGAUCUAUCCGAUCAUUCUCGUCACUGUUCCGCGUCCACCUGUUGUCCCCUUCUCUCCUCCGUCAUUCUCUCGCUUCAACUGAAACCCCCUGCCGCUGAGCCGCUUCCCCCAAAACCUUCGAUUGCUGCCUUUCUACCGUUUCCGCCUGUAUGUUGAACUUGAAUUGCAUCCUCACCAUCCGUUUCAGAUCGGACGCAUCGUCAGAAUCGCCAGCAGAGAAGGCGGCGUAGGCGACGAUUUAAUCAAUUUUUCCGAGUUCAGUAGGCGAGUGAGGAAGAAAUGCUCUGUUGGUGAUUCUAGAGCUUUUUAUGACUUUCAGGAUCAGAGAGGCCGGGCAGGGGAUCCAUUGCAUGUUCUAUUAUGCUGGUGGCUAGCUGCGGCUGGUGCUGGUCUGCUAAAAUCCGAGGAGAUAUUAGUAGGUGUUGCGAGGCUUCGUUUAUCAAACGUUAUUGAGUUUGAGGAGCAAACUUUUAUGACUAUGAUGAGUGAAGCCAAAGAGAAACGGGUAAAAGCUAGGGCCUAUGGAAAUCAGAUUUAAGAAAGCAGUUGCUGCAAUUUAUAUGUGUUGCUUCAGGAGGGGUGGAAUAGAAGAAGAAGGACAGAGGUUGUUCUUCAGGUCGAUCUGGUUUGGUCUCUUCAAUUUCACUCACAAUGGACAAGCAGUUUGGCUUUUAAUUUAUCCUACAUGCUACAUGAGGAAGGAGGUUAAAGUCCCUCUAACAAAGGGUCAGUUUGGUCAAGUUCUGGAUACUGUUAAUGUUCCAGAGAUGGAAAGAAUUGACAACAAUGUUUUGAUGGAAGGAAAACAUUAUAUGACAUUGCUGGAGCAUAAAAGGAAAAGAAGCGCAUCGAGGUGAAAACGAGAAUCCGGGGAUCAAUGAGGAAAACAAGAUAAGGGAGCCAUAGCGCAAGAACCAUUUGUUAAGAUGAACAAAAAGAAUGACAAAUGAUAAGAAGCAAAGUUAAAUAAUAUAUUUAUACGUGUAAUAAAUUGAAUUAUACUCCGUAUAUUUAUUGUGAAAGUUAUAUACUACGUACGUUAUAUUUGUUGCUUCUUGUUGCAUUAACGUGUUGCUUUUUGUUGCGU